UAAAGAAAAUUGUAAUUUGCAUAUGUGUAUGCAGGAAAUUCUUCUUUUUUUUUUUGCCAUUUCCUACAAACACUAUGCAUAGGCUUUAUAAUUAAGAUAACAGGAAUCAUGUUUUCAUUAGACAUUUUGGGGAGUUUCUGCUCCACGCUCUCUGUCUGGGUGUGCCUGUAACUUUGCUUCUGCUCCUUUUAGCACUCAGGUGUUGUUUUGACAUGAGCUGAAAAGACAGCCAUACCAAUUCCUGUCACUCAUUCUUCUUUCUCCCUCCACCCAUCUUUUAUCUGUGCUCACCCACUCUAAAUCACUCAGUCUCAGGCCCUGGAAGACAAACUCCAAAAUGAGUUGAUAAUUUUUUUGCUCUAUCAUUCGUGACCUGGUUAAUCAACAAACAGAAACACACACUUGGCAUCUGAUGGAAAUAUUGGGAUAUGUCUUGAAGGGAAAUUUCAUCAUGUGUCCUCUCUGACACAUGAUGCCACACACUUACCAAUGAUUGAAUAUUUUUCUUUUCCAUACACAGACAUUCUUCCCUGUGUAUGCUUCUGGAAGGGAACAUCACAAUCUGAUAGCAUGAAUUAUGCUCUCAGUUCUUACCUGUCACUUCUCAUCCCUCAUGAAACCAUCUUGCCCUGAGCGGGGGCGUGUCUUCCAUUUUCUCUUUAACCUCUCUCUCUAACCUUUCUGUCUCAGCCAGUAUUUCUUUCAUAGAUGUCAGAGAAACACAGUUAACCCUCUCCUUCAGGCUCUGUGGGUCAUGCACAGCUGCAACAUAAGUCUAUUGGCUCGAUUCUGAACCCAAGUUCAGCCAUGGAAGCCAGCAGUGUGUCUGUGCUGGGGUACAGGAGGUCCAAACCUCUGGGGAAGGUCAGGCGACGGGUUCAAGACCUCCGCAUCCCUUCCUCUUAUUACUAUGACUUUACAGCCGUCAGACCCAUGUUGGACCUGAGCCACAACGAGAGCACUCGGCUGGCGGUGGACUGCCUGCUCACCCAGGGCGUAGAGGGGUACCAGGAGGUGUUAAACGUAGAGGGGGAAGUGGACUUUCUGUCAGAGCUGGAAAAGAAGUACAUCCUGGAAAAUGGAAGAGAAGGCAGUACAGCUGAUCCUGGUGCAUAUGAUGAUGAUGACGAUGAUGAUGAUUACAAAGAUUUAGUGAGCUCAUCAGCUGGCUCCCAGUCUGCCACACAAUGCCUUGCAGACUCCACAGACAGCGAUCCCACAGUGGCAGGUUUUGACCACAGCAAUGUAAAAGAUGUGAAGUGGACUGAUCCUGUCCUGAGUGAGCCCCGUGUUCAGCUUUAUUUCCAGUCAGAUAGCAGAGGAGCUGGCAUGAAAGAUGUGGUCAGGGAGUUCAUCAGAAAGGCUAAACUGGCCCUGGCCAUAGUGAUGGACAGCUUCAGUGACGUAGAACUGCUCUGUGAUCUUCUGGAGGCCAGCAGGAAGAGGAAUGUGUCUGUUCACCUGCUGUUGGAUCAUCUCAACCUGAACCUGUUUGUUACCAUGUGGCAGGACCUCAAACUCAACAGUAAAAACUUCCCUAAACUGUCAGUGUGCAGCGUCAACGGACAGACCUACUGUGCCAAGACAGGCAGGAAGCUGACAGGUCAGAUUGCUGAGAGUUUUAUCAUCACUGACUGGACUGAGGUGCUGACUGGCUCAUACAGUUUCUCCUGGCUUUCCUGGCAGGUGCAUCGGAGUCUUGCUGUUCUUGUAAAGGGCAGCGCCAUCACACCUUUCCACGAGGAAUUCCACAGGCUCUACUCCAGCUGCAAACCAGUCCCCGGCUUUGUCACUUUUAUCGCUGCACCUCAUACUCCCCAUCUUCACAUCACAUCGCAUGCAGCUCAAAAUGAAAACAUUGGCAUUAGUAAGUCAAAAUCAAGUCAGACCAAAACAGUGUGCCACUGGGCUUGGAAUGAAGAUGCUCAAAAGACUCAAACAAAAGCAAAAAUGCCAGUUUUAACCAAUCCACAGAGCCCAGAACUGGAGUGCAACAGAGGUGAUAACCAGCCUCAACACAGAGCAGGUACAGGUACACAAACAAACACAAAACCUCCACUGCUGUUCCCAAAACCGCUGGCUCAGCCAGGAACAUCACAGAGUGUAUCUGUGGAAAAGCCAAAACAUACACUGAUCGGUGCCUCUGCGCAGCAUGAUGAAAAAACACAGGUGGAACCUCUGGAGAAGAAUCAAACCCAUGUCCAGAAUCAUUCAAAAACUCUUGGUCAGACCCACGUCUCAUACAAUCAGUCGCAGGCUGCCGGUCUUACAGCCGCCACCACCACCACAGAUGAAAAGAAUGCAAAGGUUCAAGAGUCAAACCCUCUUCACACUGUAAAUCCCACACAUGGACAACAUGAGACUGUCUGUUACCAAUCCACCUUGAAGAAGGAUUCAAAUCUUGAUUACGACAGUCUGGGUAGUGAAGGACUUUUUUUUCAGCAAAGGAAUAGAGACAGAUUGACAAAACCUUCAGGGAUUGCUGCAGGUCUCAACACACAAAGAGGACAGUGGAACUACUCACUUCACUUCAAACCGAAUGUGGAGCUUCAAUCAGAUAAUCCCAAACUACUGUCUCCUUCUACAUCACAGCAACAAGUAAAGACAGGCUUUCAGUACUCUUGGAUCAAUUUAAGAGGACAAGUCUCCUCUCUAGAAACCAGGAGACAAGAUCAGUCCCAGAGGCUCCAGCAACCCCCCUAUCAGUCGUACCCAACCACAGAGGCUGCAGCCAUGGGAACUCAGCUGACGCCUCAUCUCCAGGCAGAUGAGUUGUUCUCCACAGGUACAAGAGCCAGGCUGCACCUACAGCCCCUAACCUCUCAGCAGGCGAAGCCCCCUCCAAGGCUGAACUGGAUGCUCCAGAGUCACACCGCAAGACCCAGGCUGGUGGCUCAAACCAGCUCCUUUGACACCGCCAACGGGGCGAGACAGAAAACGGGUGGACAGCCAGGCUGGAGGCCUGUUCAUGGUAACAUGAACGCGUCGCUGGGAAGGAGCAAGAGCUUGACUGACAGACACACGGCAGGAUUCAAAGGAGCAGGACUUGACAGGACCUGACAGAAACAUACAGACUGUGGAGAUAUGAAAUCCUCACACACAGCAGACAGGUGUGUUCACCUGUUCAUGUGACAUAUACUGUACUUUCAUAUUGUGUAUCGCUUAUACUUAUUAGACCUGUGCAUUUUGUGUGUAGCAUUUGGAAAAAAGUUACAUGAAGUUUAGUUAACUGUAAAGUGUUGAUUUAAUUUAGCAAAACAACCAAGGCUUUGGUUUGCUAAAUGUUUCCAAACCUCAAGGGCUGUAAAAUGUUAUUAUAUGUUCGAGGUGAUUUUGUAUUGCCCACUGCAUGCCGCGAAGGGUGUUUUCAGUUAUUAGGUAAUUAGC